AUCCUUGAGUUUGGAGGAUAUUCCUUAAUGAUGUGGUGCUGUAUGACUUGGAAAGCAGUUGGAUUUGCUACCAAGGUUGAUGAGUAUUAUAGUCUCAAUCCUUAUAAAAGUAUCUUUCAGCAGGAUAAUGACCCCAAGCAUACCUGCAAAAAGGUCAAGGGCUGGCUAGAGGAA